UAGAAGACGGCAGAAGAAGCGGAACAGACGAUCGUGGCGUAGGAAGAGGACCGCUCGGAGUCGUGUCAAGCGCGAGCACGAAGCGAAGCGGAGCGGAGCGAAUAUACAAGAGGGAGCGGAGUACGCGAGAAAUAAGGGCCCUGUGGAUAAGAAAAGGGAGGAGUUUCGCGGAACGCGCUCCGUAAUCAUCGCCGAGGUCGCUACACCGGCGAGUCUGACAGCAAGGUCGACCGCAAAAUAGUCUCAACUGCUAAACGUCCUUGAUCCCUUAACGAAGAAGGGAGGAAGGGAACGAGAGGAGAGAGACAGAGAAGGCAGACGCGAAGGAGUAGAAAAAGGGGAAAAGGGAUCGACUGGCGCGUUCUCGCGAGAGGGAUUCGAGCAUCGAGGGAUCGCCUGAUACUCGUCAAACGUCCGACGUUUUUUUUUCUUUUUAUCUUUUUAUCGGCGAGUAUCGCGAGUUCGCUGACUGUCACACGUCUGUGGUGUCGAGCAGCUAAUCAUCGAGUUGUUGCACCGGAGUCAUUGACGGGGAUCGCGUCUCCUCUCGACGGGAUUAAAUGACAUUUCCAGGGAGUCUACCUUCGCUUGCAAAGUAGAAUCAAGAAUUAUCAUGUCGCAACGAUUGCGCUGGCUACUGCCGGCAUUAAUCGUGUCUUGGAUGAGCCUGCAGUUAGGUGUGGCUUUACCGGCUCACAACGAACAUUCGCACGUGUCUGCGGAUACGUUUGAUCCUAGCACGGCCACUUCAACAAUUAUCCGUCAGAACCACGAUGGACGCGCGCAUCAUUCUCCGAACGGCAAAAACGAGACGCAGUCCAGCCACAAACUGGUCGCUUCUCCGGCCGGACUUUUGCGGCCCGACAAGUUUCAGUUUUAUACUUACGACGACAAGGGCGAUAUGAUUACGCGGCAGAUGACCGCUCAGGAAAUUCAAGGUCUUAUCGCGUCAGGUGGGACGGAUCACAUCGCGAUGGACAGACAGGAGCCUCAAAAAGCCGAUGAUGUCCUAACGGGUGGCAAAAAGGUCAUGGAUGUGGUACAAAAGGUACAGAACGUGUUAAAGAGCGCACUCGAUAAGCCACCGACUUUAACGGGUUUGAUACCGAAGAUUCCGGAACACGCCAACGUUGAAUGGAGCAAUAUUUUGCCUUCAAUUCUAUCUGGUGAGACAGACUCGAUUCCCCCGAACAGCGAUCAAGUGUCACAUAAACUGACGACCGAAAAGGUAGAAGCUGAAUCGACAUCGAAAUAUUCGACAAAAAGACCUGUGACGUUGGACGUUCAGACGAAUGCGUACGCUGGUUUUACUAAUAACGUGCAGGGGAAACCUCAUCAAGGCCAUCACUCGCAGCAAACGGCAGUUACCGAGAAACCGAUGAUUCCAGUUCCAGUUAUUACCCUAACGGAACAAAAGUUGUCCACAUUACAAUCCGCCGUUACCGAAAGUCCCGUCUUCCAAAUAGUCAGCGUAAUUCCGGUCGAGAAUGCUGGAAUUAAGGAAAGUCAGACCGAUCCGUCUACAGCUGGUACCAGUGCCGCGAGUUCGACUAUCCUGCUGUCUGCUCAGACCGAGGAAAGUCAAACGGAACAAUAUGUCGAAUUAACUCUGUCGGAGGUGCCCGAAGAAACGACAUUCCAGCAAUUAACGAGCUUAGACAUGUAUCCCAUAAGUAUCACGAAGCAGACGACUACUAACAAAGUCAGUCAAGGAAUGAAAACCCCGGCAAUUUACUCGAUGACCACGCCAGAAGUAUCAACGCAUUUCUCCUCCUUGAAACAGACUGUAACGCACGGUGGGUCCAGCGAGUUGACGACCGACAAGAUCUCUCCCUCGAACGCGAGUUACAUUCUUGUACAGAGCAGGAACAAUACGAAGGUAUCUGACGAUUCUUCAUUCGCAUCUAGCGUUACGAAAGAAUCUCAAACGAACGGGACAUACAAUGACAUAAUAAUCCCACAAACCAAUACCCUCGCUACCCUAGUGCCAAUUUCCCACGCGUCUCCGAAACCCGAGGAGGCAUCUAACGCGCCGCAUUCACCGUCUACGCUCGCUUCCGUUACGAGAAUCAAGGCCCCGACCGUCUCGUUGCAUCAUUAUCUUAGCGAAGGCUUCUCAACGGUUACAAAAGAGUCAUCAAGCCCGGCUACAUCGACUUAUUUUAAUCCUCUGCCGACCGAGAUUCAAUCCUCGGCAUCGAUAGAACCGUUACCCACGCAGUUAAUCGAUUCCUUUUCAAGUGUAAUAAAUCAAGUUUCGGAAGUGAAACCACCCGUCUUACCCCUCUCGUCCCCAUCGAACGAAACGCCGGAGAUACCGAUCAUGAAUAUUAAUUACGAGCAGAGGCGCAACGUGUCCGAGGUAAACGAAAAGAAUGUCAGACCUAUCAUUAAUACGCAAACUUAUGAAACCUUUGCUACCGAAAUUCCGUUGCGAGACACUAUUACCAAGUUCGUCGACUAUUCCAUCACUUAUCGGCCUGUCAACACGGUGGACAGAGAAUCAAGCACGAGCAGCAUUUCCGAGAACUCUCGGAUUAAAACGACGACAUCGACAGCUUCGACUAAAGUCGGAACGACGAGUGAUAAAAUAACAAGCAAUAAUUUACCUACAACGCCAGCUGGACUUAAAUCGACUCAAAUUCAUGUAGGGAUUUCGGGAUCAACAGCAUCUUCGUUCGUGCAGCUCGAGAAGACACAUGCUACAGCUGCUUCUUUGCCGGCAAGUCAGACUGAAAGUCCCGCGACUCUUGGAAGUAUCACCGAAAGAAUUAUAUCAGAAAAGACUACUUCAUUUUUUAAUUUAACUAAAGCAGUAGCGUCUGAUGCCACCAAAACGCAAUCAACAACCGCGUCGAUCGACACAAAUCUAUCUUCAAAUAAGCCUACGACGACUAAUGAAAAUUUCGACGACACUCUCGCGAAUUUGAAUUUGAGCGAUCCAGUGUCUGCUAUCGACAAAGUAAUAAGUAUCGCGCCACUACCGUCCAGCACUCCCACAAUAAAGCCGAUUGAUUUACCCGAUAAUAUAUCGAAUUUCGUUAGUGAAAUAGUUGGCGAUAUUGCAAGUGGCCUUAUCGCCGGAUUUUCGACGAAUGCAUCGAAUUUAUCGACCACCGAGAAAGAAAAAAUCGAAAACGUCACUAAAUUACACGAAAUGGAAAGAAACGUUACGCAAUCAACGCAAGAGACAUUAACGGAUCCAGUUCGAAACGGUACAUUAAUUUACGGUACUUUAACGCAGACCAAAAAGUCGAAUGAUACUCUAGAACCGACUAAAUUGUCAAGUAGUAAUGAGAGAAUAGACGAUGCCACGAAAGCAUCUUUAUCAUCGCCAGCAAAUAAAUUCACAAAUGUCAAUAGUGAAUCAAAGAUUGCUAUUAAGCAGAAUGCAACAACCGUGAGAAUCGUUAGUGUAAUUCCUGAACAGACGACGACGACAACGACGACAACGAUAGAUGUUGAUAUUCGAUCGCCAGGCGUCAACAAAACUACGUUUAAUACAAAUAACAAUCAGAAGAAAACGGAAAUCAAGGAGAAAAUAAAAACGACGGAAGCACCUAUUGUGAGGACAAACCUAAGUCCCGAACUAUCUAAUCAGUUAUCCGUAAAAGUCGCGAAUGUAACCAAAAACUCAGGACACGCGGAAAGCAGUCCGAAAAUAGAGGCAUUAAACGAAAAGAACGGUUCCUUCGCAAAUACUUCGUCAAUAACGAAGGAGACCGUAGUGAUUCACUCUAUUAACGAUUCGAGCUCCGAGUCGAGUUCACAAACAUACAAUAACGUUAUAACGAACACCUCCGUUUCGAAUGUUACAUCUGACGGUGCUAUCGUGCUAUCAUACAAAAAUUCUACCGAUCCUGCACUUUUACAGAAUUCAAAUCGCGUUACUAGUAUAUCUGGCUACAAGAUCAAAGAUAACAUCAAGAAUAAAGAAGAUAAUAAGAAUAAUGAAUCUUCUUCUGUAUCAAUUAAAGAGCAUACCAAUAGCUCGAUCAAAAUAACGCAAGAUGCAACGAACGAUGCAAAUGGAAAUAAGGGGAAUAUUUCUUGGUAUGAUAACCCUGUCAAUAAUACGUCAAAUCAGAUUGACAAAAAUGUGGCACAGACCACAUCAACGAUGAAUGCAUCAAUACAGAAUGACGAGAAUUCGAAUAAUACGGAUAAGACUGCCUCUUUGAAACAUUCUGAAAGUUUGCCGAAGCCGGAAGUGAUACAUUUGCAAGCGUCGACGCCACCGUCGAGUGUCCCGGUCCGUCAAACGUCGAGGCCUGAUUACAAACCGUCGGAAAAACCCGACAUCACGAAGACUGAUGCCGAUGUAAACGCGGAGGACAAGUGGAUGCUUAUAUCGCAACAGGUUUCGCCGGCCAUAUCGAAACUUCCGAAACCGCCGAAACUGCCGAAGCCACUGCAGAGGAAACCGAUCAAUCACGCCCAGACGUUUCCGUCGUCGUCGUUACCGCCUUCCAACUCGAAUGACAGCACCAACGUUCGUUCUCCAGGAGUCGAAGCGCCGAUACAUCAGCAAGAACAACCACAAUCCUCGACGCAGUCCUUCCUACCGUUGGACGCAUCUCAGAGUGCAACCGGCUUAGACGCUACCAUAAGACACACGAGCGCCGAUAUUGUAAACUUCGCUAAGCUAUGCAACGAGCUGGCCUUCAAUUUCUGGGUAGCCACUAAUAAGGGUCUGAGCACCGCGAGAUCGUUGGCACUCUCGCCGUUCGGUAUGACCAGCUUACUGGCGAUGAUCUUCCUGGGUGCUCGCGGUCCGACGUCCGAUCAGAUGAACGAGGUACUCGGCCUGGACGACGUGGCCACGUUCAAUCCACAUUUGGUUUUCCAAAACAUAACCGACGCGGUAGGUUUAGCUCGUGGCCAGGGUAUCGCGAACGCUGCCUUCGUCCGCGAGUUGUUCGCUGACAAAAUGAAGGUCAGAAAACUCAUGCCCUUCUACAAAGAGCAGGCCCAGCAAUUCUACGAAGGCCUCGUGACCGAAGUGAAUUUCGCCACCAUUAGCGAUCUCGUGCGCAGAAGAACGAAUCUGCUGGUUAGGAAGCAGACUGGCGGUAGAAUCAAGGACUUCGUUAAGACGAACACGGUGCCGCUCAGAUCACCUUUGGCGGCACUCUCCGCCAACGUAUUCCAGACCGAUUGUAAUAGUAGUCUGACAAGUUCCGUUGGUAGGGACGGCGAGUUGUACUUUGCCGUUUCGCCGGCUGUCAGACAAAGGAAACUCGUACCGGUCCCAGCUACGACUUGGCGAUCGGGUGUCUUAGCCGGCUAUGAACCUAGCAUCGACGCUACGGCGGUCGCUCUUGGAGGCAGCGACAAAUUGGUUUCGACGAUCUUCGUGUUGCCGGGUCAGCAGGGUCACACCGCACCCGGCGAUACCCUGGAUCGUCUGGAGCAGCGCCUCGUCAGAAGCGCGUUCCGCGACGGAGCCUGGAACAAGCUCCUCAAAGUUCUCAUACCGAGACACGGUCUCGAGCUGCAGGUGCCUAAAUUCAGUCACAGAUCCGUUGUCAACGCGACUGCCGCCUUGAAGAGGAUGGGCCUUGAUGAGCUCUUCUCGGGCAACGCCGAUUUUAAGGGUAUCAACGGCGUAGGUCACCGUCUUCACUUAGCCGACGUGUUACAGAUGAAUUUAUUCAGUACCUGUGGCGACGAGAAUAUUCUUAGCGGCCGGCAUCACGUGGAAACGUAUCCCGCGAGUCCAUUAAGAAGAAACGUUGAACGACGAACGGAGGACGAUAAUUUCGGAAACACUGCUGAGGAGGAUACAAUGAGAUAUGGCACGUUGCCGCAAAAGGACAAUAUAGAUUCUUACGCAGACCAAUCGCGCACGGUUCUGUACGGAUUCUAUAGAGAGGAAAGGCAGCUCUCAGGAUCGUUGGAGAGACCGAGGUUGAAGCUCGAUAGGCCCUUCUUAUAUUUCGUUCGACAUAACCCUUCCGGUAUAAUACUUCACAUGGGACGUUUUAAUCCGCGAUUAUUGCCCUAAACAAGAGCCUAUCAUCUUCUAUCGAAUGCCAUUAAUUCGAUCCUGUUCCUUCUAUUCGACAUCUACAUCCACGAAUUUUUGUACAAUCGAGGAAAACGACUCUCGAUAUAAUUGCUCAAACGAUUCGUUCUCUAUUAGUCGAGCGACUCAACGCGACAUGAUUUCGUGGCCCAUUUUUUCUGAACAAUGAAGGUAGGACGUGUGUAUUUGGCAUGUUCUAGAAAAUUU